GUUACUUGACAUUAGUUGUGAUGUUAGCCUGUUUUCUUGGACACUCCUAGCUCUAAUACCACUUCUCUGCUAAUUGCCUCAAGCACCCCUCAGGAAACCAUGGCCGAGCAGGCCUCGGGAUCCCCUCUGUCGUACCAACAUGACGAGGUGCUCCAGCAGCGAGUGGCAGCGCUGGAGCAGGAGAGGGCUGAGUUCAUCAAACUGAAGCAGCAGCUGGAGGCCGAGUUCAACCAGAAGAGGGCAAAGUUCAAAGAGCUCUACCUGUCCAAGGAAGAGGAGCUGAAGAGGCAGACCGUGGCCCUGGAGGAGUCCCAGGCUGAGUUGACCUCCAUCCAAUCCCAGCUGAGUCAGGCCCAGGCUGAGAUUGAGACCAUCAAAGCUGUGGCGACCGUGUCAGAAAACACCAAACAGGAAGCCAUCGACCAGGUCCGCAGCCAGUGGCAGGAGGAAGUGGCUUCGCUUCAGGCCAUCAUGAAAGAAACAGUGCGUGAGUAUGAGGUCCAGUUUCACCAGCGUCUGGAGCAGGAACGGGCCCAGUGGAACCAGUACCGCGAGGCCAUGGAGAGGGAAGUGGGUGACCUGCGACGAAGGCUCACAGAGGGUCAAGAGGAGGAGAAUCUGGAAGAUGAGAUGAAGAAGGCCCAGGAGGAUGCAGAGAAGCUGCGAUCAGUGGUGAUGCCCAUGGAGCAGGAGAUUGCAGCCUUGAAAGCCAAGCUGACGACAGCAGAGGAUAGAGUGAAGGAGCUGGAGGCAUCAAAGGUCAAAGAGCUGAAUCAUGUCCUGGAAGCGGAGAAGUCAUGUCGUACUGACCUGGAAAUGUAUGUGGCCGUGUUGAACACCCAGAAGUCUGUCCUGCAGGAAGAUGCAGAGAAGCUACGCAAAGAGCUGCACGAUGUCUGUCACAAACUGGAGUUGGAGCGUCAGCAGCACAACCAGCUCAAACACACGUGGCAAAGGGCCAAUGACCAGUUCCUGGAGUCCCAGCGCCUCCUCAUGAGGGACAUGCAGAGGAUAGAGAGCGUCCUGUCAUCAGAGCAGCUCCGCCAAGUUGAGGAGAUGAAGAAGAAAGACCAGGAGGAGGAUGAAAAGGAGAGGCUGAACCAAGUGAAGGAGCUGCACGAGGACGACGGUGGAGACAACACAGAGGCUUCAGAGGAAUUGUUCCUCGGGCUGAGCGUUGAGGAGCCUCAUGCUAACCACAGUGGCCAUGGCUCCAUGCACUCCUUAGACACUGAUGCGGUGGCUGGGACCCCCGUCGACCCCUACAAGGACAACCUGCGCAGAGUCCAGUCCACAGACAGCCUCGGCUCCUCGUUAUCCGCCCAGCAGGGCCUCGGGGGCCACAACCACAAAGCCAAAUCCGCCAGUCACCUCGACGAGUCAGACUUUGGGCCAUUGGUGGGGGCCGACGGGGUAACGGACAGUAGCUUUAGUGAAACAGCGUCCAUUAGCUCCAUCAAGCUGACGGCAAGCCAUUUCCUGCUGACUAAAGAUCAGGAGAAGGCCAUCAAGGCUAUGACACCCGAACAGGAGGAGACGGCGUCACUCCUGUCAAGCAUCUCCCACGCCCCCGACACCGCUUACUUACCACCUGUCGGAUACAGACUGGUCAGCGACAGCGAAUGGAACCUGCUGCAACAAGAGGUGAAGAAUGCUGGCAGGAAGCUGGGUCGACGCUGUGACAUGUGCUCCAACUACGAGAAACAGCUGCAGGUCAUCCAAGGACAGGAGGCUGACACACGAGACCAGGUGAAGAAACUACAGCAGAUGCUUCGUCAGGCCAACGAUCAGCUGGAGAGGACGAUGACGGAGAAACAGAAUUUAGAAGAUUCAGUCAAAUCAGGAAACGAGGAGACCGCUGCUAAGGUGGCAAGUCUGAUGCAGAGGGUCCAGGAGUCUGAAACACUGCUUGGUACACUACAGCAGGCCUUCAGUGACGCUAAGAGGAGCACACAAGAACAUAUGGCGGUGCUGGUGCAGUCGAGGGAGCAGGUGGCGGAUGAGCUCAGUCGGCUGCAGAGAGACAACGAGAGCCUGCAGGCCAAGCACAGACUGCACGUCGAACUGCAGCAGCAGGAGGACUUCCAGAUGCCCCACGCUGUGCAAGAUCUCCAUAGCCUGGUUUUGCGGCUGCGUGAGGACAUGGUGGCUCUACGAGCGUCCGCUGAUCACAUGGAGGAGAAACUGAAGGCUGAGAUCCUGUUUCUGAAGGAGCAGAUCCAGGCCGAGCAAUGUCUGAAGGAGAACCUGGAGGACACGCUGCAGCUGGAGAUCGAGGGCUGUAAGGAGGAGAUAGACAUCUUGGAAGCGUCUUUCUCCAGUCUGAAGACGGAGCUGGAACGAGUCAAAGCCGAAAAGGAGGAGUUGCAGAGCAAUCUGUCAGAGAAGACGGAGACACUGGAAAGCAUCCAGAGCCUGAAGAGUAGCCUGGAGCAACAGAUUAAAGAGCUCACCACUGCAAAGAGUGCUUUAGAGAGUCAGGUCCUCGAUGAGCGAGACAAAGCCCAGAGGCUUCAAACGGAGCUGGAUGUCAGUGAACAGGUUCAGAAGGACUUUGUCAAACUUUCUCAGACUCUUCAGGUCCAGUUGGAGCGAAUAAGACAGGCCGAGUCCUUGGAUCGAAUCCGAGUCAUUCUCAACGACACCAACUUAACUGACAUCAACCAGCUUCCAGAGACAUGAUGAAUGAAUGAACGGAUGAAUGAAGACUGCUUCAGUUUCAUUCCCCUCUUUCUCUAUCACUGGCCCAGUAACGUUCUCUUCCCUCCCCAUAACCACCGGGACGAGUCUGGACGGACAAAGACAGAUGUGACACGAGGAGCUCAUGGCCUUUUCUGUACAUUCAGAGUCUUUGAACACACCACGGAGAGAAUAAUGAAGGAGAACACUACUAAAUCUGUAAAUAACUACAUGUGUGUGUGGACGGAAGGAGUGGACGUCCAUCUUCCUGUGGGUUUGUUUGUCUCAUGUCUCUACUGUAGAUACGACUGUCUGUACUAGCUAGAGCUGGGCGAUAUGUUAACAUGAACAUGUUCAUAUCAGUCAAUAUUGAUAAUUAUCAAAAUAAAAUGUCAAGUCAUUAUUUUUUUAAAGGCAUUUAAAGGCUGAUUCUUGGUUGAGUGAAAGCUGAAGAAGCCCAAUAUUAUUCAUGGCUUUAAAGUUACAAAAAAUGCAUCAAGAUGAAAACAAGAUAAAAUAAAAACAUGAGACAGAAACAGCAUAAAAGACGUGACAAGAUGAAAACAACUUAAAAGACCUGCAACAAAGUCAAUGAAACAAGAUGAAAAUGAAAUAAAAAUUAUGUAAAAGAUGCAAAAAGACAAAACUAUACAUGACACAUAUGACUAAAACCACAGAAUGAUAAGAAAAUGAAGUAAAACAGAUGAGAAGAAAACUUGUAAGUCACAUUCUGACUUCUUUAUACUUAUUUAGUUUCAUUUUAGAAUUAAGAAUUAUUUACAAAAAUGCAAUACACAGUAGUGGAAAAAUGUUUUCGGACGUCCUUAAAAUGUUACACAAUCUCAAUUAUUGUUAUGAAAUAUUUGUGGAAAAAGUUUCAAACACAAACAAAUGCAAAUGAUUUUAUUUUGUCAGUUGUUAUCAAGAAGAAAUAACAAAAUUAAAUCCUUGACUGUUUCAACCUGUCAUGUCUUGGAUGUGUUUCAUUAUUGUUUUGACCUUGAUUGAACAGAGCACGUGCAGAAGGGAGCAUGUGGGUUUGGAGAGUUGAACAAUACUGGACAGAGUUUAAUGACAUAAGAGUGAUUCUUAAUGUAAUAUAUCACAAAUAUAUGGGGUGAACAAAUACUGUUUUCCACCACUGUAAAAGUAUAUUGUGAUAAUCAUAGCUGUUAAUCUCCAAGGAAAACGAUCACAAUACAAUAUAAAAUGAUAUUACCAUGUGAUACAAUUGUAUGUCAGGGUAGUUAUCAUGAUCAUAUUAUCGCCCAGCUCUAGUAUUAGCACAACCAAAAAGGUUUGUCGUCUUCUAAAGCACUUUUCAUCUGCGACGUCUCUUUAUUUUCCAGGUAAAUUAGAAACAACUGGAUGCAUCAUAUUUCUCUGUUGCCUCCCAAAGCGGUUGAUAAUCGCUUCUUUGUUCAAGUCACAUGUUUUUUUUUCCCCUCUGGCUAUUUUUCUUUUUCACCCUGACAGAAAUCCAUGGAAAAUCUUUGCACAUAACUAACUGGGAUUUAAAAAAAAACAAAGAAAAAAAAAAGGAACAUAACAAUGCAAGCAAUAGCCUCCCUCCUCGUAGACCUCCAGCUUUGUCUGCGCUCCGUAGUGUCUGUCAGAAACUUUAGUUAGAUUCAAAGUCAUGGCUUCUAUUUUACAAUUUCACGUUUGUUUCUUGAUUAAGAAACCCAGUGAAACACUAUUUAACUCCGUUCAUGUCAGAAACAGAAACGGUUGAAGGACAGGGUGUCAACAUUUAAAUGUAAAUGGAUUAUGAUGGAUUUUACUACUAAAGUCUUGUAAAUCUACACUGUAUGGGUUGGCUUUCUUAAUGUCAUUCUUAAUUAAAAUGGAAAAGCACACGAUCACAACGCUGGCACAAGCUGUUUUCAAUCAGAGGUUACAUAUUAGGACAAAACACAACAGUGAAUAACCAGUGAACACAAGGAAAGGCCUGAAUUAUAUAUGUUUAUAUAUAUUUUGGAUUAUUUUCUCCUUUUAUUUACAGUCUUUGUUCAGAUGUUAAAUUAACUAUAAAACCAAGCAGUAAAGUAUAAAAUAUAAAAAUGGAAAUGAAGCAUUUUCAGGCAAAGCUGAAUACAAAAAGUCAUCAAAAAAUGAGUGUUAAAUGAUAGAAAAAUGUCACAUAAACAUCAUCGUAUCUCACAGCCUUAGAGGUUAGAGUUGGUUGAAGAGAAAAACUCUAGAUUUGACAACGUUUGAUCAAAGAUUUGAGCCAGAUUUACCCAAAUAAUUAACGUCUACAAUGAGGUGAUCACUAUAAACAUGUUGGUGUCAGUAAUCCAUAAUUAUCACGAUGAAUGUUAAAUCAUUAUGUCAGACCUCUAGUCUCAGAUUUCAUGAUCGAUGUUUAUUUGAUUUAAUUGUUCAUUUUCUUUUUUUUUUUGACACAGCAGGAUAAAAACUACAUGAAAAAUUCAACAAGAUGAAAGUCAUAAAAUUAACAUAUUAUGUAAAAGACAACAUGACAAAAACAUUCCUAUAUUAUCUGAUGGUUUCAUGAUGCAGGUCUUAUUUUGUUCAUUUCUUUGCUUGUUGUUGGUUUUUUUGACACAACAGGAUAAAAACUACAUAAAAAAUUAAAAUUAACAAAAAUGACGUAAAAGGCAGCAAGACAAAGAGUCACUUGUAGUCUCAGACAUCAUGAUGUAGUGAUGAUUAUGUUGCUUUUAUUUAGUUCAUUUUCUAUAUUUUUGACUCAGAAAGAUGCACAAAGACACAAAAACAAUGUUAAAGAAAUGAAAGAUGCGAGAAGAAGAAAACACACCUGUAGUCGUCAUUUCUUUAUUUAGUGCUCAUUGUUUUUUGUGAUAUUAAAUCAAAAUAAAGAAAAAGAACACUAUCUUCAAACACAACUCAUUUAACACAGUGUAAAGGUUAGUUUGAACUCUAUUAUCCAUAAAUCAAAUCAAAUUGUAUUUAUAUAUACGCCAAAUCAAAAUAAAAUUUAUCUCAUGACACUUUACAUUUAGAGCUGGUCUAAACCAGACUCUUAAUAAGCCAUAAAGCAGAGAAGGGUCUGGUUCCACCCAAAGAAGCAGGAUAUACAUAAUAAAACACAAACAUAUUUUCCACAAAAAA